CUGCGAGCGGAGCAAGAACACGCAAGCAGCAGAAGGAAGCUUCUCGCCAACCGCACAAAUCCCGCAAAUCACACACACACACGAACACGAACACAUACACGUGGACGCUGCAACAACGCCUCAGUACGAAUUGACCACCGUCAACAACCAACAAGCACCAUGAGCCUUCGUCGCUUCAUCCCCCUCUUUGACCGCGUCCUUGUCCGUCGCGUCAUCCCCGAGGCGAAGACAAAGGGCGGCAUUCUGCUCCCCGAGCAGGCACAGAAGAUGCCCAACGAGGGUGUUGUUGUUGCCACGGGCAAGGGUCUUCGCACAGAGUCUGGCGAGUUCAUGCCGUGUGCAGUGAAGGAGGGCGAUAAGGUGCUUCUGCCCGAGUUUGGCGGCACCAAGGUCACCAUCGACGACCAGGAUCUGUUCCUCUUCCGUGACUCUGACAUCCUCGGCACGCUCGAGUAAACCCUCAAUGCUGCGGUUCCCCCUCCCCCCAACCCCGGAGAUGACACGUGAACCCCUUCGUGUGCACGCGUCCCAACAACCCCGAAACACCACCACACACAGCCCUCGUCGCCCCCUACCACAACCAGUCGUUAGAUCUUCCAAUCCCCCCCCUCUCUCUUUUUGUAUCCUCCCUUUGUCUGGUUCUCUGAGUGUACGCCCGGUGUGUUUUGCGCCCAUAUGGACUUGUGGAUAUGACACUAAAGCUCCCCAAGAAUUGCA